AUGCUGCCACAUGACGACCACCCAUUGGUCGGGCAGCAGGACCACGUGGCUGACAAGGUAGCGCACUACCUUCAGUCCAUCACUGCCGCCAAUGGAGGCCAUGGAGGUGUCAGUGUUGACACGAUCGACGACCUGCUGGCCCGCGUCAAGUCAGCCUACAUGCGGCUCAUCGAGUCCACGCCAGAUGACAUCUGCACUGUCACCGCCAGCACUGAUGAGCCUGACCUCCUUGUGCCUACGGAGGAUGGUAAUGCUGUGGAGGAGCUCAUUGUGACCCACCUUGCCACCGCGAUCCCGGGGCCGGAAGAUGGCGUCCUCCCGCCUCCCGAUCCUCGAGACCGAUCCGACUCGAGGGUCGAUGAUGAUAGGGAAGACGCGGCGAGCGCUGAGGGAGCGGGGAGAGAACGCUGGAUGGAGUGGGCUGAGAUGGACAUUGGAGAGCUCUUGGGCGACCUUGAAGACAAGGAAGAUCAUACAGACCAGCACUGGAAGAGAAGCGCCAACGAUCAGCCCACCGCCUCCAGCGCCGGCCAUCAGGACACCCACAACAAACAAUAUCAGGCGACAGAGCCGAGGAGACCAGGAACCACUCUUUCCUCUCGUUUGGGCGAGGAGAUCCAGUCUGGCGAAGAGUUUCAUCCGGAUUCGCCGUCGUACGAGCCACCUCAGCCUGAGCGUCAGAGCUUCACGUUUGGUCCACAACAACCAUCAUACCAGCGAGGGGGUCCACCAGGCCGGCCAGCGAUCCCAGCCAGUCACACACGAGAGGACAGGCCAACCGAGCGCCGGUCAUGGGCUCACAGCCCAGAGAAUCAGCGCAACAACUUGCGACAAGGUUGGGGGAGGUCCUCCGACAAGAGGAGUCACAACAACCGACCCUAUCGUCCCAGAGACACGCACUGUCGUGCAGAAGCCAAGCGUCAUCAAUCUCACCAGCACACUCACCAACACACUCACUACGAGCCGCGGCGAAAAUGGCACCAAUCAAGAUCAAGUCCGACGCACAACUAUUCUCAGGAGCACAAGCACAACAAGCACAUGGGGACAACGUCAGACGCAACCGAGGCAGGAAGCGUUCGAGAGAGAGGACAGACCACUUCACCCGUUCGUCGCACGCGCGGCCAGCCCAUCACCACCACCAGGGAUCCGGCCGUGACAAACGGAGACGGCGGGAGGACGAGUCGGAGCAGGGGUCAUCAGCACGAGCUGAGAGCGAACCCCACGGGUCACACCCCCUGGUGA